UUUACAAUGGGGUAAGGUUUGCCAAAUGUUUCAAUUUUAUAAUUACUUAUGUUAUAAAGAUGUGAAGCAUAAUUUUCUAAAACAGUUUCGCAAUUUUAAUACCUUAAUCCCUUAGUCCUAACCUUAAUUUAUUUAUUAUUUAAUGAAUAUAAAUUCAAAAUUACAAAAAUUGGAUUCCAUAAUUUAUUACAUAUAACCCAUUACAUUGAUGUGGUUCUGCAAGGCAUACAGAUGCCGUGUGCAGAAUUCAAGAUACAUUACUUGACUUAAUUUCUAGUACAGUUCAGUAGAUUUAUAAUAUACCUAAGAAUGAUAUCCAGUUAACAUGAAGCUCCUACACAAAAUGUGUCAGAAGUAUAACAAAUCAAAUAAAAACAAUAAAAAGCAUUAUUUAUUUUUUAUGCUACAUCUAAUAAAUUUUUUCACAUCCCUAUCUUGUUUUAAAGAGGCUGGAACCCUGAUAAAGUUGAAAUUUUUAGGCCCCUGAUAGUAGAAAGAAUUCAACGAUAGAGUUAAUCUGACUAAAGGCUGAGUGAAUUUUAGGAAAGCUCUGACAUUUUGAGAUAUUGUUAAAUUAAGUUGCUUUUUACAAGCUUUUAUUUAACUUCACCUGUAUGUAUGUAUGUAUGUAUUGUGGGUAUGUAUGUAUGUAAUCAAAUCUUGCAACUCAUUUUUGAAGAACUUCCAAACAUCCGAUUGACUUCAAAUUUCGCAUAGCGUCUUAGUUCCGAUGACAAUACAAUAAUAUGGUUUCAUCGGGUACCUACCUCCCCCCUAACGUGGGGGGGUGGAGAGGGGGUAAAACUUCAGUUUGUCCGAUUUCAACCAAAAUCGGUAUCUGGGGGUUUUUGAGGAUGAGAAUUACGAAUUUUUGAUCAGAUUAUAAAAAUUCAAUAUGGCGGAUUCAAAAUGGACGAUUUAAUGUCAAGUUUUUCUGAUUACUUUCAACUGACUUCCACGUAUCCGAUUGACUUCAAAUUUCGCAUACCGUUAUAGUUCCGAUGACAAUCCAAUAAUGUGUUAUCACUGACUGCCUACCUCCCCCCUAACGUGGAGGGCGGAGAGGGGGUAAAAUUUUAGUUUGUCGGAUUUCCACCAAAAUUGGUAUCUGGGGGUUUUUGAGGAUGAGGAUUACGAAUUUUUGAUCAGAUUACAAAAAUUCAAUAUGGCGGAUUCAAAAUGGACGAUUUAAUGACGAGUUUUUCUGAUUACUUUCAACUGACUUCCACGUAGGUAUCUGAUUGAUUUCAAAAUUCACAUGCUCUCCCACUAAAAAGGGGAGGGGCGUAGAAGAGGUAAGGCUUUAGUUUGUUCGAUCUCGACCAAAAUUAAUUAAUCCUUGCGUAUAAUGAUCAUAAUAAUAACGAACAGUUUUAGGGAACGAUCACACAGUGUUUUUCUAUAUUAAAAUUCGGUGAGAUGGGCGUCGCUAGCACUGUUAAUGCAACCUGUCUAGGAGAAGGAAACCUCCAAAAUUAAACCCGGAUAUUUCCGUUAGGCGCAAGUAAGAUCCAACCUGAAAUGAGCGGCAUUUCUUCUGAUCUCAAUACACCCAAGUCAAGGUGAGGCCGUGCUGAGGACUGAAUGGCAUUGGGGUGUCAAAAAAUGCGAUGUCUCGAACGUACCACCUCAGGGAACUGGGACGAACCCUGUUGUAAUUAAGUCCUACAGCUACUCAGAAAAAAAGACGAUUAGAAAAAGCCAAGGUAAAAUAUAAAGACAAACUAGUUAGUGAAACUGAUAAGGCUAAACGAAAAAGACUUGAAAAACAAAGCGAAUAUAUGAAGCAUAUAAGAGCAACAGAAAAUGAAACGAAACGGAAUGCUCGAUUGGAAAAAUUAAAAAAUCACAGUUAUGAUGAAAAAUGCAGAAACUUUUGAACAACGCGAAAUUCGUUUAAAUAAUAUGCGGCUGCACGCAACUCAGAUUAGAGUCGCACAAAAUUCGGAAGAACGCGAUAUUCAUUUAAAUUCUAUGCGACUUCACGCGACUCAGGUGCGAGUAGCAGAAGAUCCAAAGAGACGCAAUAUACGUCUGGAUCUGAAGCGGUCACAGGCAACUCAGUUGCGAGCAGCAGAGAGAGCUGAAAAACGCGAAAUACGACUUGAGAAUAUGCGGUUACACGCGAAUCAGGUGCGAGCAGCAGAGAGACCUGAACAACGCGAUAUAUGACUUGAGAAUAUGCGGUUACACGCGACUCAGGUGCGAGCAGCAGAGAGACCUGAACAACGCGAUAUACGACUUGAGAAUAUGCGGUUACACGCGACUCAGGUACAUGCACUAGAAAAUACCGAACAACGUGAUACACAUCUUGAGAGUAUGCGCUCACAUGCGAGUCAAGUAAGAGCUGCCGAAACUCCCGCUGAACGCGUUGCCCGAACUCAAAAUAUGAGAGUAUAUAGUUCACAAUCUCGAAGAGCUGAUAGAGCCAACAUCGAAACAUUUCAAAAAACUAUAAACACAUUUUGUGAUCGAAUAUGCAUGAUUUGUACAAAAAGCUGCUAUCCCAAUCAAGUAACAAAUUACAAGGUCGACAUCAUUAAAACUGCAUAUUUGCCUCAGGAGUUAGCAUGUAAAACAACUUUGCUUUUAUGUCAUCGCUGCAAUAAACACGUUACUAGUAAUAACAACACGCCACCCUCCAAAGCAUACUGGAAUAACUUAGAUCCAGGUAUCAUUCCAGAAGUUAUUAAUCAGCUUACUCAACCUGAAGAGCGUUUGUUAUCGAGAAUUAUUCCGUUCACAAAAGUGGUUAAGUUUGAUGGAACAUUUGGUCAAUACGGUUUCCGAGGCCAAGCAGUACUCUUCGCGCAAGAUAUAUCUGAAGGCACGGAAAAAUUUCAAUAUGCUUCCUCGAUCUACCGAUAG